GUUCGCUUUCCCUCCCGUGUCCCGUCAGCGGCGAGAAAACGCCGCUACCUCCCUCAUCCAUCCCAUCCCUGGGCUGUAAAGGAAGGCUGUCCCUUCUAUAUUAGCGGCCCGGCAAUUCUCCGCUUGAAUCCGCACGCGCCUAAGCCAACCCUGGGCGCCGCAAUUCAACUGUUCACCUUAGCUGGCCCCAGCCCUUCAGCGAGCAUCCCUUAGUUAUCCGCUGGAUGCCAACGACUCUCGAGACAGGGGGGUUUCUCCAAAGCUUUUGUCCACUCCUCUCGUAUUUUUCUUCAUCAGCCCUCCCUCGCACUCUCCCUCUCUUGCGACAAGCGAAGCGAGGGGACUUGUCCGUUUCCGUCGCGUGUACUCGCGGCAGUUCUUUGUCGCUUCCCUUCUUCCUGCUGACGCUGUCCUUUGUCUUGGGCAAGACCGUUACGUUUGCGCGACAGACAGGCUCGGCCCUCCUUUCGAAACGGCCACGUCGAUGCCACCGCAUCCUUCGAUCUGAGCACUUGUAUAUGCCCUCGCCGCCGACGUCCGCUGCGUGACGCCAGCGGCAACGCCGACCGCCUCCAUGGCUCGACCCAUGGGGUCAGUCCGUCUCAAGAAGGCGAACCCUGUGACCCUCCUUCUUGGUGCCGUCCUCUGCAUCUUCAUCUUCUUUUUCCUCGUCUCGCCCUCCAGCCCCGGCCCGACGCGUCGCGUCCCUUCAGUUACGGCCGAGCAUCAUCUUUCGCCGCCUACGUCGCCGUACAAGAAGCCCAGCGGACGGGCCGGCACCGAGCUUGGGCCGCCGCCCGUCACAAGAUACAACCUUAAUCAUGUCACCGUCACGUCCAACCCGGUGCAGAAUCGCGAGCACAUCCUGAUUCUGACCCCGAUGGCGCGAUUCUAUCAAAAGUACUGGGACAACCUGCUGCGAUUGAGCUACCCCCACGAGCUCAUCACCCUCGGUUUCAUCCUCCCCAAGACGAAGGAAGGCAACGCAGCCACGGCCGCCCUACAGCAGCAGAUCGAGAAGACGCAGAAGCGCGGGCCUGAAAAGGACCGGUUCAAGAGCAUUAUCAUCCUGCGGCAGGAUUUCGAUCCUGCCCUUGCCUCACAGGAUGAGAGCGAGCGCCACAAGAUGUCGAACCAAAAGGCGCGCCGAGCCGUCAUGGCCAAAGCGCGCAACUCGCUGCUCUUUACCACGCUCGGCCCAGCCACCUCUUGGGUGCUGUGGCUCGAUUCCGAUGUCGUCGAGUCCCCGCCUACCCUGAUUCAGGAUCUUGCGAAGCACGACAAACCCCUCAUCGUCGCCAACUGCUUCCAGCGAUACUACAAUGAGGAGAAGAAGAAGUUGGACGAGCGGCCUUACGACUACAACAGCUGGCAGGACAGCGACAUUGCCAAGAAUAUGGCAGCCACCAUGGGCCCUGACGACAUUCUAUUAGAAGGAUACGCGGAGAUGGCGACAUAUCGCACUCUGAUGGCGCAUAUGGCUUCCGAGGGAGGCGAUACGGACCUCGUUGUCCCUCUCGAUGGCGUUGGUGGCACAGCCCUCCUGGUCAAAGCCGAUGUUCACCGCGACGGCGCCAUGUUCCCGCCCUUUGCUUUUUAUCACCUCAUUGAGACGGAGGGAUUUGCGCGCAUGGCAAAGCGCUUAGGAUGGCAACCAUAUGGCCUUCCCAACUACAAGGUCUACCACUAUAACGAAUAAAGCCUCGACUUCGAACGGCGAUACGAUACAAAAUUAGACCCUUCCAAGGGACAUCUUUCACCGAGUCCGUCCUGGCGACUGCCGCGCCAGGCACCGGCCAAUUGGUCGCAGCUGGCAUGGCGAGGACAUUGUGCUACCCGCUCGCUAAGCCGGGCGACUUUCAUCCCUUGUGCCAGGGCGGGGGGAGGGGGCACGGAUAGGCGUUGUUGGAUGCAUAUAUGAUCUUCCUCAUUGUUACAACCAGGGGAAUGGAGGCAAAAAGAAGGAGCGACGGGGCGGGCGCUGGACGGGCAACCCUUUUUGCAGAUUCGGACGCAACGUUGACGAAGCCUACCGUGUGGGCAGGGAAGCACCCUUUUGCAACCAUCCUUGCAUUUUUGUUUGCCAGGGUUUGAUGUCAAACUCCAGUGACGUCCCGAUUCAGAUGUACAACGGCACGCUGAAGGCUGAGUGGCAAGGACGUAGUGUUUCACGGCGGGCAUAGAUGGUGUGUGCAGCUACUUCAAAAAUCUCAUGUGUUUUUGCACAGGAUUCUGUUUCAGCAUAUUUCAUUCUCCUUGCAUCCUUCUCCAAGUAGACAUGACGAACGGC